UGGCUCUUGACCUGCUUUUGAGCUAAACACGCUUCUGAGAUAUAACUAUAUUUUUGACCUCCUAUUUUUAAAAUCAAGCCAUUAUUUUUAUUAUUGCGGUGUCGUUUAUUUAAAAAUUGGAAUCAUGUGGGUGUUCGGCUACGGCUCGCUGAUUUGGAAGGUGGACUUUCCAUACGAAGAGAAGCGAAUUGGUUACAUUAAGGGCUUCAGUCGUCGAUUUUGGCAGGGAAGCACGGACCACCGCGGGGUGCCAGGGAAACCGGGUCGGGUGGUGACACUUGUGGAGGACCCUGAGGGUUGUGUUUGGGGCGUGGCCUAUAAGCUUCCCACAGGCCGCGAACAGGAAGUCAAGCAGCAACUGGACUACAGGGAAAAAGGCGGCUACCGCGUUAUGGUCGUGGCCUUCCACCCGCGGCCACCUCUGUCGCCGCCCCCUAGCCAGACGCUGCUUUACAUUGGCUCACGGGACAACCCCAACUACCUUGGCCCCGCCUCUUUGGAGGAGAUAGCCAAUCAGAUUGUGUGCUCCACAGGGCCUAGCGGGCAGAACACUGAGUAUCUGUUUGAACUAGCCGACGCCGUCAGGAGCAUCCUGCCCGAGGAUAACGACACGCACUUGUUUGGUCUAGAGACGCUAGUGCGUGAAAAAAUUCAAAGAUCGUAACUUAUUCCCAAGUCGAGGUCUUAGAUUUGCUCAUCAGUCUCAGGGUUUAUGUUUUGGCACACAGGAAUAAAAAGCUCAAGGCAAACGCGCUACCUUCCGCUUGAAUGUGUUCUGGUACAAAGUGUGGCACGCAACGCUUCCAGUGACACGAAACCACUUGAUGCCAUCACUCUACCAGAACAAAACAUGGACGCCUAAAGCCAAAUGAACAGACGAAGUGGAAGCUACUGUUUUUGAAAGCAUGAAACAUCGCAGGAUGACUUGUCAAACUGGAAAUGAUUCUAUGCAGGUGUUAAACCACAAGUCGGUACAAAGUUCAUGUAUAACAAUGUUUUGUUCUAUUUUGUUGACUUGGGUUUUUGUAAAUGUAGCUUCAUGUGCGUGUUCACAAAAAUAAAGUCUUGAAACAUUGGUCUUACCUGAAGUUAGGCUUGGAACUGGCGAUCCUGUUGACGUUCAAGACGAAUUCAAUUAAAAGUACAUCUCUGUGCAGAUGAGCCAUUUAUUGAUCAGUAUAGAUUACAUAUAUACUGUAUAUAUUUCACAGACUUAAAUAUAUAAAUAAUAGGAAUAACAAUUACAUACUUGUGUAAAGCAUUUUAAACCACAAUUUUAUGCAAAAUAUCAGCAUUUGUAACAAUAAAUGCGAUGCAAUGUCCACUCUAUACGUGAUUUGAUUUAUGUUAACCUUAAAUACAUAGUGUACAUAUUUACAGAGCUAAAUACUUAUAUUUAGCAUACGACUGAUUAUGCGAGACCUUGACCAAAUUGCCACGAUGAAUGAAAAUGAGCCUCAGAAUUAAUUAGAAAACAAUAUUGACUUUUAAAAGACAAACCAAACCGGUUUCCCAGGGAGUAUUUCAUCCUUGCCUCGGGAAGGUGAAGGUUGACUCACUGGUGCCGCUCCCAGCUUUUGUUAAAUGUCACUCCAGCAAACAAAUAAAAACAGAUGGAGGGAUGGACCAAAAGUUGCCAGCAUUCAGAUUUUUUUUUUUAAGCGUAGUAGCACGGAGACACCAGCAAGUCUGUGAGCACCAGCAGCUGGUCGUCGGUGAAGCGCUGCCGAUGCUCUUGCCAGUUGUCGUGGUGUGUGCGACGAAAUUCCGACAAGGUUUUUUUCACCGUCAUCUUGGAAGCAACAACAGCAAAAAAAAAAAUUCACAACUACAGGAACGCGCAGAUUAUAAGUGUAAUUGUUAUGUCUAUCUACUUUGUAUCACUACGUCACUACGUAUUACUACCUAAUGCGACAAGUUACUAUUACUAAAACCUUAACCAACUGGCUGCCAUUGACCGAUAGAUGUCCAAGGGAGGGUUGGCAGCAAUUCACCACAACAGACAAUGUUGACGAGCCUAGCAGAUGCUUAAACUUGAACAUUUGAAAGGCUAAUUUGUAUAGGGUUGAAAUAAUGUGUAUAGAUAAAACGGAUACUUUCUUAAAGGGAUCCACGGAUAGAAAGACUUGUAGUUCUUAAAAGAUAAACGUUACUAUGAGUUCAAAUAAUUUGAUAUGAUGAAAACCCCUCUUAAUGUUUUAGGUUUUAUACAAUUUGUAAAAUAAACAUAUUGGCCCGAAUAUAAGACGGCCCUGAUUAUAAGACGACCCCCUCUUUUUCAAGACUCAAGUUUGAAAAAAAGACUUUUUGAACACCAAAUUAAUUUUUAUACAGAAAAUAUUUACAGUACAUCCAAAACAAAUGAUUAUAACAAUAUAUUUGAGAGAAAAGCAUGUAAUUUUGCCUCAUUCAUAUCUUAAUAUCUGAACAUUUAAAUAUGUAAACUAAAGUGCAAUCACAUUCGUAAAUGAAUGGCUUCUGGUUUUUGAAAUGUAAAUAAACCAAGCUAUUGUGAUAAAACAACAAAAUUGCAAUAACUGCAUUAACCAUCAAAGUGAAGUUUAACUAACUGUAGUCUUGAAACAAAUCUGAAUAAGGAAAAACAUUGCAAUAAAAUAAUGAAAACUGGUUAAACUAAAAAGAGUAGCUGAGAUCUGUCAUGACAGAACAUCGCUUCAAUUAUAUGUGGCGCCAUCUAGCGUCGUGAAUGGGUAUAAUUUCUAGACCGUGAAUAUAAGACGACCCCCUCUCUUUCAGUGUUUUUUCAAUGCAAAAAAAUACAGUCUUAUAUUCGGGCCAAUACGGUAGUUUAACAAGUAGGUCGCCAUUGUUGUUGACGUCGCAAGGCGGUGACAUCACAUGGUUACGCUGCCUUGCUUACAGAGUAUGACUCUAGUGACAUAAACUAGUCAUCUGUUCAACCCUUUCAAAUUGACAUUAAUGACAGCACUGUCGAUAUUUCACAAAACGAGCAACAAAAGCAAAACUAACAGGAAAGACGGGCUGAGACGAGAAUAUAACAAAACCGGUGUUCUGCCAAAAUGUGCUACAUCGGCGAAACGUCUACAUGAGGCGAAUUUGACACCCAAAGUACUACCAUGUGCUUUCAGCUUGUUUUGUUUAGAUGCAUAUAGACAGAACAUACUAAAGGUGCCUUAAAAAAAUACUUAAACGUAGUAAUAUCAAAUAACAGUGGUUUAAAUACGCUACGUGACUAAUGUGGUCAACAGAUCAAAAAUCUGCUUUAAAGCUGCCACAAGAAAACACAAUGCUUAAAAGAAUGAGAGGAAAACACGCAAAAAGUAUUUCUAACCAAGAAUCGAGACUUUUACGUCCAUAUGUAUAAAGCAUUCAGGGAUUUAAGCAUUUGUUCACAAGACUUUUCAACGUUAAAAGCUCUUUGUGGUGAUAUGGUGGCGCCACAGUGGCUUAAAGACUAGCAGCACAUUCGACAUAUUUACGUAAAAUAAAUGCUAACUGCCCUUUUUUUUUUUGCUUUCAACCAAGAAAUGAGACUGUUUCACGUCCAUAUGUACGAAGAAUUCAGGGAUUUAAGCAUUUGUUCACAAGACUUUUCAACGUAAAAAGCUCUUUGUAGUGAUAUGGCGGUGCCACAGUGGCUUAAAGACUAGCAGCACAUUUGACAUACUUACUUAAAAUAAAUGCUAACGGCCCGUUUUUUAUGCUUUUAACCAAGAAACGCGACUGUCGCUGCUUUUAAUAGUUCAAUGUGAGGCGAUAUUACCAAACAAGACACGCUAACAUGUACGACAAGAUUACAGGGUAAUACGUAGCGAUAAAGCUAGUUUAAUUUCACAGCAGCAGUAUUUCGCGAGAGCGCGAGAUUCGAAAAAGUACGCCACAAAGGCUAGUUGCGAGAUUGUUGAAAUUAUUAAUUAAAAAAAAUAAUAAAGUAAAUGUUAUACACACAAUGGCUUCCUAAAAUUUGCUUUAAUAUAUUGUUCUACGUAAAGGACGUCAGUCAAGGUCGGCCCCCCAUAUUUUUACCUCACCAAAUCUGGCCCCCUUUGCAAAAAGUUUGGACACCCCUGGUCUAUGGUAAAAUGGUGUUCGUCUAGUGAGUGGCAAACUACGUCAUCACCCCGAGCGUCCAUUGCGGGCAUAAAACAUGGCGCCCUCCAUGUACUAAAUAUUACAGAUUUCUAAAUCAAUGGCAAUAUUUUUAUGUGUUUCUAAUAACACACUGUAUUUUGUUAAAAUAAAACAAUUGUGGCUUAUUAGAGCCUACAAGUCUAAGUCCGAGGUUCCUUUUAAGGACUUCAAGGGAUAAAGAAACACCUUGAUCAUGUGCAUCUCAGCGGAAAAAUCUUCUUCAAUAAAACAAAAUUUCAUUUUUCUGAUAUAUAAUAGUUAAGAAAAAUGCAAAUUAAAGCCAAUAUUUCCUGGAAAUGGGUGAAAUAGCCUUUUUCAGACAUUUUUAGUGCCACUACUAUUUUAGUCAAUCAAAUGAGAGUAUCUCAGAUUGUCCUGCCUACUCAUGUGCUAUUCAUGGCUAUUGGAAAACCAAGCUUUAAUACAGGAUACAGGGAGUGAAAUGGGUUUAGUCUGAGUCUCUGACAGAGAAAGACAGUGACAGACUGAACAGGUACAUCAACUUUUAAAGUGUGCCUGUAAUCAGCGUUUAUUUGCUGUAUGCAUGUGGAGUGACUUAUGUCACGUCAGUCACAUAAUGGCUGCAGUUGUACACAGUAUUUUUUUUUCUAUGUUUAAACAUUCCUCCAUUAUCAGAGGUCUAUGAAAUGCGCUAUUUGCAUAUUAAAAUUUGGAGCAAGUCUGUCACAAGAAGGUCAU